AUGCUUAGGAGUAGUCGGCUCAAUUACUCCCUCUUCCUCUUGUCCAUCCUUUUCUUUCUUUAUAGAGAAGCAAAACUGUCUGAGAGGCAUAGCCAAACUUGGUCAGGAUUUUCCGGGGACUCCGGAAGUUGUGACAGCCAGUGCAGAAAAUGGGAAGGUGCCAGUCAGGAAGCCUGUCAUGCUGAAUUCCCAGGAUUCGCAUGCUUUUUUUAUUACUUCCAACUGGUGACAAGAAGCGUCACCAUCACAGUCCUAAGCUUUUAA